UCCCUGCCUGCCUGCCUCCCUCCCUCCCUCCCUCCCUCUCACACACCCUCUCUCACUCAGACAGGCCAAUCAAAGGGACCUCUUCGGCCUUUCCCCCCCAAGUUGUAGGAGACAGAGCUUUCUCUCUCACGCAGAGUUGUGUCAGCCUCUUGCUGCUUCUACCUCUGCCUGAGGCCUGGGUGCCCUGCGCCUAGCUGUUGCCCAUCUUCCUGGCCCAGCAGGCCAAGAGACAAGGAUAGACCAGGAGAAAACUUUGUAAGCAGAGAGUGGACCAGGAGGGCUUAUCCCUUCCUUUGCUUCCUAACUGUCCUUGAACUCAGCCCCUCGGGGGGACAAACAUACAGAAAGACCCCAAGCUAGCUACGCAGGCCCUCCUGAGCCUGGAGAUUCCCACAAGGAUGCUCUAGCACUGUCUCUGUCCGUCCUGCUGCUGGUCCUCGGGGCCAAGCGCUCUCCCUGUGCCCAGCCACUCCUGCUGCCUGGAGCCCCUUCCACCCGGGCCAAGGGAGGUGAGUUUGGAGACAGACAAGGAAAGGCAGCCUCUGGGGACUCCGUGAAGGUGUGUUGUUUGUGAGCAGGCAUUGAACAAGACAGAGCCAAGAGAAGACCAAGGCAAUCAGGCCAGAAAGGCAGGGACAGGCCUCAGCUGGGCCCCAGUGUGAGAGCCAGUGCUGCCUCCAGAUCCGAAGAUGCUUCCUGUCCUCUCAGCUUGGCUGUGGCUGUUGUUUUUGCUGCCUGAGGCCGAGGUGCUGGAGAUAACCCCCCAUGGCUCAGAGUUCAUCCUCAACAUCUCCAGCACCUUCAUCCUGACUUGCACAGGGGAUGCCCCAGUGGCCUGGGAAAAGACUCCCCAGCAGACCCCACCACCUGUUCUUGAAUCCCAGGAUGGCACCUUCUCCAGCAUCCUGACCCUCACCAACGUCACUGGCUUUGACACAGGAGAGUAUAUAUGUUCCUACAAUGGCUCCCAAGGCCUGGAGCUUAGUGGGCAGAAGCGGGUCUACAUCUUUGUGCCAGACUCCUCUGUGGACUUCCUCCCCGUGGAUCCUGAAGAGCUGUUCAUCUUCUUCACGGGAGACAGUGAGACAACAAUCCCAUGCCGAGUGACCGACCCAAAGCUGGUUGUGACACUGCAUGAGAAGAAGGUGGACGUGUCACUGCCUGUUCCUUAUGACCACCAGCGUGGCUUCACUGGCCCCUUUGAGGACAAGACCUACAUCUGCAAAACCAUCAUUGAUGAGAGGGAGGUAGACUCUGAAGCCUAUUAUGUCUACCGAAUCCAAGUGUCAUCCAUCAAUGUCUCAGUGAAUGCAGUUCAGACUGUGGUGCGGAAGGGUGAGAACAUUACUGUCCUCUGCAUCGUGAAGGGAAAUGAGAUGGUGAACUUUGACUGGACCUACCCUCGAAUGGAGAGCAAGCGGCUGGUGGAACCAGUGACAGAUUUCCUGUCAGGGGUAGAGUAUGACAUCCGCUCCAUCCUGCAUAUCCCCAGUGCUGAGCUAGGAGAUUCUGGUACCUAUGUCUGCAAUGUUUCAGAGAGCUACAAUGGCCACAGGGACAUGAAAGGGGUCAAUGUUACUGUGAUUGACAAAGGAUUUGUGAGAUUUCUGGGGGAGUUAGAUGAGUUGGAGUUUGCUGAGCUGCACAAAAGUCGAACACUACAGAUGCUCAUCGAAGCAUACCCUGCACCCACCAUUGUGUGGCUCAAGGACAACCAGACAUUGGGCUCUGGGACUGCCAGUGAGAUCUCUAUCUCCACUAGGAAUUUGUCUGAGACAAGAUAUGUGUCAGAGCUGACCCUAGUGAGGGUGAAGGUGAAUGAAGGGGGUCAUUAUACCCUCAGAGCCUUCCAUGAUGAUGCUUCUAACUCAUUCUCCUUCCAGCUGCAGAUCAAUGUUCCUGCUAAAGUGAUGGAUCUGAGUGAGAGCCACCCCAACAGUGGGGAGCAACUCCUCACUUGCCGAAGCCAGGGGAUGCCACAGCCUGUCCUUAACUGGUUCAGUUGCAGUGAUUUUAAGAGGUGUCCCCGUGAUGUUCUGCCUACCCCACUGGGGAACAGCUCCAAGGAGGAAACCCAGCUGGAAACCAAUGUGACCUACUGGGAGCAAGAGAAAUUAUUUGAAGUAGUCAGCACCCUGCGCUUGCAACGCGUGGACCAGCCCCUCUCCGUCAUCUGUGACGUACACAACCUCCUGGGAAGAGACAGCAAGGAAGUCACCAUUGUUCCACACUCCCUGCCCUUCAAGGUGGUUGUGAUCUCAGCCAUCCUGGCCUUAGUGGUCCUCACAAUCAUCUCCAUGAUCAUCCUUGUCAUUCUGUGGCAGAAGAAACCCCGCUACGAGAUCCGCUGGAAGGUGAUUGAAUCUGUGAGCUCCGAUGGACACGAAUACAUCUACGUGGAUCCCAUGCAGCUUCCCUAUGACUCCAGCUGGGAACUGCCCCGAGAGAGACUUGUACUCGGUCGCACCCUUGGCUCUGGGGCCUUUGGGCAAGUAGUGGAGGCCACUGCCCAUGGACUGAGCCACUCCCAGGCCACGAUGAAGGUGGCUGUCAAGAUGCUGAAAUCCACUGCCAGGAGCAGUGAGAAGCAGGCCCUUAUGUCCGAACUGAAGAUCAUGAGCCAUCUUGGGCCCCAUUUGAACAUUGUCAACCUGCUGGGAGCGUGCACCAAAGGAGGCCCCAUCUACAUCAUCACAGAGUACUGUCGUUACGGAGACCUUGUGGAUUACCUGCAUCGAACCAAGCACACAUUCCUGCAGCAUUGCCCUGAGAAGGGAGGGCCUUACCAGUCCUCGGAGAUCCUGGACCAUCCUGAGCAUCAGUUGCACAGACAAACAUCACUAUCAGGGGAGAGUGAUGGAGGCUACAUGGACAUGAGGAAGGAUGACUGCAUGGACUACGUACCAAUGCUGGGCAUGAAGGGAGAGAUCAUGUACGUGGAUAUUGAAUCUUCCAACUACAGCUCACCCUAUGAUAGCUACGCACCCUCUGUUCCUGAGAGAUCCUACAGGACAACCCUGAUCAACGAAUCCCCUAUCCUCAGCUACAUGGACCUUGUGGGCUUCAGUUACCAGGUGGCCAAUGGCAUGGAGUUCCUGGCUUCCAAGAAUUGCGUCCAUCGAGACCUGGCAGCCAGGAAUGUGCUUAUCUGUGAGGGCAAACUUGUCAAGAUCUGUGACUUUGGCCUGGCCCGGGACAUCAUGCGUGACUCCAACUACAUCUCCAAGGGCAGUACUUUCCUGCCCCUGAAGUGGAUGGCUCCAGAGAGCAUCUUCAACAGCCUGUACACCACCCUGAGCGAUGUGUGGUCCUUUGGCAUCCUUUUGUGGGAGAUCUUCACCCUGGGCGGCACCCCUUACCCAGAGUUACCCAUGAAUGAGCAGUUCUACAAUGCCAUCAAGCGUGGUUACCGCAUGGCCAAGCCCACCCAUGCCUCAGAAGAGAUCUAUGAAAUCAUGCAGAAGUGUUGGGAGGAGAAAUUUGAGAUCCGACCCUCCUUCUCUCAGCUGGUCAUUCUGAUGGAGGGCCUCCUGGGGGAGGGCUACAAGAAGAAGUACCAGCAAGUAGAUGAAGAAUUUCUGAGGAGUGACCACCCAGCCAUUCUGCGGACCCGAGCUCAGCUCCCUGCAUUUGGUGGCCCGAGGGGUCCCCUCAACACCAGCUCUGUCCUCUAUACGGCUGUGCAGCAGAAUGAGGGGGACAAUGAUUACAUUAUCCCCCUGCCGGACCCUAAGCCUGAAGGACCCGAUGUGGCCCCACUGGAGAGUUCCCACAGCCUUGCUAGCUCUACCCUGAACGAAGCCAACACAUCAUCCACCAUCUCCUGUGACAGCCCCCUGGAGCUACAAGAGGAACUAGAGCCCGAGUCAGAGGCGCCAGAGCGGGGGCCAGAGCCCGAGCCCGAGCCACAGCUGGAGCCAGAACCGGAGCCCAGGCCAGGCCUGGGUCACCAGGAAGUGGAGGAUAGCUUCCUGUAGCUGGGCCCACCCAGGAGGAGAGCAGGCACCCCCACCCCUGCCUCUGCUCUAAGGACUCUCCUCUCUCGUUCUCCUUCCCAGAUGAACGCUGGCCUCCCCCAUGGGUGAAGAGGGGAGGUGGUGGCUGGCCCUUUUCAUUAUGGGAUAGAAGAUUUCUAGCCCAAAUGUGGCAGGGACUGGUCUGCCUCAAUGAGGAGCCCCCUGGGCUCUUUCCCAGCCAAGAGUCUUCCCUUGGGAAAAGGUUAAAGCAAAGGGCAUUUUGCAGAGACUCCGGCAUUGAAUGCGGCUGCCUGGUCCCCUGACCCUCCUAUUUCAACCAACCCCAGCCUCUGCUUGAGACACGGAUUUCCUGGGCAAAUUAGGGGAUUUUUAAUCCUGUUGAGGGAACAGGGGAGGGGCACUGAUGAACACUACUCAGUGCUUAGAAUAUAGAGGAAGGUGUGGGCAUCCGCAGGCUGAGGAGACUCUCUCUCCAGACUCCACCCGCCUCUGGCUUUCAGACUUACCCAGGACUGGAGCCACACGGUGGCCAAGCCUUGACCAGGCUCCUAGCAACUGUGCCUUCUGCCUGAGUCACCAGGUGGCUGAGGUCUCUGCCUGCAUUGAGACUGUCUGCCUCUUGGGGAGAAGGAAGGGAAGAAAAGGGUCCCUCCAGACUUUGACCCCUGGUGGAAGAGAGAGAGGAGCAGAGGACAUGGGAUCCUAGUAGAACAUUAUUCUGUGUGCUCCCCUGCUCAGCUCCCAAGGGUUGAUUGUCUCCAGGAUCUCACCUUUCCCAGAGGCUUGAUUGUAUAGGCACCCACAAAAGUCUCUUCUCCCUGGAAGAGAAGGAAGGUACAUGAGGAACAUACAAUCAACCCUGAACUCCUCCCCUCGAGUCCUCCUGCCCCCAUGCCAGCUGGACUGGCCUCCGCCUUUGUAUUUCUCCUUUGACAUUUGACUGAGGGUCCAUAGAAGGGAGCUGUCUUCCCACUCUUCGGCUUCUCGUUUCCCCUGAUGACCCUCAUGCAUCCCUGCUCAACCCCCGCCCUCCACCAUCACCAUGGGGUGGUAAUCCAAAGCAGGACAGAUGGGUAGAAGUUUCAGGAAAGAAGGUCUGAGCUCAAUCCAAGGAAGAACUCAAUGAUCAAAGCUGUCCCGCAGUGGAGCAGGCUGCGUCAGGGGUUGGGGAUAGACUGGAAGACCAUCCAACAGAAAAGUUGUAAAGAGGAUCCCUGCAGGGAAUGGGAGGCUGUACUAGGUGAUUUCCGAAUUUAACGAUUCCCUCUAGUAGGUCAUUGAACGAAGUGGUCCUUCGCAGAGCCAAGUUUGUGAGGCUGUUUUCUCCUCUACCCAGCUAGGACCCUGGGAAAAUCUCGGGGCCUGGGCAGUCAAGAUAGGAAUGCCAUCACCCACUUCUGUUGCUUACCACCUAGUUUACCUUGGAGAAGUCAUUUAGCUUCCUUUUGCCUCAGUUUCCUCCUCUGUAAAAUGAGAGAUGGCCUCUCAGGACUGUUCCAACUCUCAUGCAAGAUGAUUCUGGAUGAUCUCCCUACCCACAUCAGCCCCAUGUACUUGGACAGUGGUAGAGCCUCCCUUCCAGUGAGGUGGCCUCCUGUUCACCUGCCUCUAGUUCUCCUGCCCAUAUAACUGGGUGAUGUUCUCCAUUAUCUCCAUCCACUUACAGGGAAUAGAGGCUACAUUUGGGGCUGAAGUUAGGAACUACUGUCCUAUGCAGCUUUUUUCUUAGCAUCUCCUGCCUUCCUUUAGCCACCCAGAGCAGAUUCUGGCUUCCCCAUUUCUCAGGCCAUUUGGGGGUCCUGAGCUUGGAAAGAAAGCCCCAACACUGUGCAAACAGAAGGUGGGAGACUUCCACUCUACCUGACCCCUCUGAGGGCAUUUGACAGAUGGGCAUGUGCUCUCUCCUAUGCCCAGGAUGGUUUAGCUUCAUCCAGGCUCACGUGGAGGGAGGGGAUAUAACAUGAACCAGGGAUUAGGAGCCGGGGAAACCCAUGAUUUUGCCUGCUUCCCUGACUCCUGGAGUCUACUCUUCGGCUAGCCUGCUCACUAUCCUCUCUUGGCUAAGGCUUCUUUUGGGACUGGAAAGUUCACGUCUGCACUAGGAAAUAUAUUUCAAGACCAUCUGACUGUCCUGUCCUGGACUCUUUCCUCUCCUCCCCCAUUAUCCUGGUCAGUAGAAGCCUCCUGUCAGUUGGGGCCUGAAUGGAACCUGCUUCAUCCAUUAUUUGGCUUUUAAUCUAUGAGCACAGAGGCAAGGAUCAAUUUGUGCAUUCCUUCGCCCUCACCAACCCCAUGCACAUAUAGUGUAGUGGAAAUGCUGGGAUAAGUGGGUUCGGGUUUCCUUGGCCCUCAAGGCUAAUGGUGAAGGAUCUGACUGAGACAACCCAGAGGGUCAGCCCACUGGACAGUGACUGGCCCAUUGAAUUCAGAACUGGGGUCCAGCAUUACCUUGACCUGGAUAUUCAUAAAGAACUCAAUUUCCUACCCUCUCUGCUCCCCAGUGCCCUUUCUUGCUCCCGCUCCCCCCAUGCUAAACCUAGACCAAGAGGACUUUUAAAGCCAGAGUUUCUCUAACAGAGGGUGGAUCCCCACUCACUAGAAUGGAGAUAGGGGCCAGGCCCAGCUAAGGCACAACAGUUGCCCUCUGAGUGUGAAUUAAACAGUGGGUUGGGGAGUAGGUACAGGGACAGGGUAGGUGAUCAGGAUAUAGGUAGCUGAUGUGGUUGGUAUGCCAGCACAUGGAUGCAUGAACAUAGGCGAUCCUCCUUUCUCCUCCUCCUUCUAGGCUCCCCCCACCCAAACCAGUCUUCCAGAGGAGCCCCUAGAGAUGCUUAGGCAAGGAGUAGCCCUGAGCAAAUCCACUCUGAGCUUCUCAGUUCUAUAUCUGAGCCCCUGCAGGGAAGCCCAACUCCUUGCCAGCCUUUGUUUAAGUCACAGGAGGAGUCAUGGGUGGGAGGGAAGGGAAUUGGAGGGCACUAAGGUACCAAAGAUACCAUCACAGCUAGCUUACAGGUGUAUACUUAAAACUCACAAUAACUCACAUUUAAACAACUGAGAUACUAUUUUUUACGCACUCAACUUUACAUAUCUGUAUAUGUUUUUUGUUCGUUUUUUUUUUUAAGGGAAAGGUUUUAAUAUUAAACAUGGUGCUCUGGA